GGAAUAAAUGCAAGAUGGCUCCUCAUAUAAAAACAGUCUUCUGGGUUGCCCUCAACGUGCGACAAAAUAACUCUUUACACCUUAUCAGGUUGAAAUAUUUAUCCGCGAAGAGUUCUGAAGGGUAACUCGAGCUACAGAUUGAUAAGCGUACGGUACUCGGCGAUAUUUUGUAGAAGAAGAUACCGAAGAAACAAGAGGGAGAACUUUGAAGCCAUGAAUCGGCGGUGAAGUCUGCUCUCCCCUCUGUAGACAGAGCUGGGUGGUCGGAGGCAGCACACACGGCGGGCCUCGGCUAACCAGCUAGUCGUUGCUGCUAACCAGCUUCAUUUGCUGUUAUCUGGGAUCGUUACACACCUGGGAGGGAAACUUAUCAAAGUACUCGUUGAAUGCGGGACGUGAAAGGAAGCAAGAUAAUCGACCAUGGCCGUAUCGAGGUGAGUUUGAUAAACGGGUUUGUCUGUCCGGUGUUCCGAUGAAACGAGGUACCCUGUUAACUGGCGACUCUCAGUGGAAUGCGUCCGCGGUUGUCGUAGUGACAGAGCGCGAGGCUACAGCGGUUUUCGUAACGAUAACCACGGACGCAUUCAGCUGGACGUCGCCGAUUAACAGGGUCGCUCCUAACGCCGAAACACCGGCUUUAUUAACAGUUGUUGGGCUAGCCUGCUAAUACUAGCUUUACACUUGUCAGAGAAUAGCAUGGCGACGGCCCACUAACGUUAGCUAGCAGCUAACAGUGUUACGUUUCAGUGUAACUUUUUACAAUUGGUAGUGCUGGUCUGCACUCUCUUGUGGACGAAAUAAGCUCAUUUAUACUGCAGGGAAAUGCCAGCUGAUGCUAGUUUCACAUAUUAAUCUACCAUAGCUCUUUGAAGGUAAGUACUUGUCACUAAACAAUGAGUUAUCAACCAGUUUCAUACUGUAUAGCAACAAUUAAUUACAAAUUAAGACUCUUUACAUUAACUUUUUGAGGCUACACUCUUGAAUUAUUUGCAUAAACCAACAUACACAUAUCAAGCAUACAAUUAUAAACUCCUGGGCAAGCUAAUGCAAUGCAAUACAGAAGUUUCAGCAUAAAUGUUACCCUCAUAUAGCAUCUGUAUUUUUAGUUUUGCUGUUUAUCAGACAAGUGAUUAUUGUGCUUCAUAUGUAAUAUCAAAACGUGGAAGGGUGCUGAUGUCCUUUAGUGUUGUACAUUUAAAGGUGUUCUCUGUAUUUUGUAACAGAUAUGCACAAUGGGGUCAGAAUUUCAGAAACACCUUUCAAUGCACUCCACUACACUUGCUUCAACAAUCAGUUCAAGUAUCAGUUGUCAUCUGUCUGAUCAUAACAAAACUGAAAAAGUAGAAGUAGAUUGCUGAGUUUUUCAUAAUGUAAAUUCACCAUAAGCAACUGUUGCAUGGGAAGACUUACAUUGAACAGGCAGAAACAUUGACCAGCCUUCUACCACAAUUGUACAGAUCUUAGAAGGUGGACUAGAGAGAGUUGCAGAGAGGGUGAUGAAUAGAGACAAACAACCACAUCCUCUGCAACAGACGAAAUAGACUGACUGCUGCAAUGCCGGGAAUAACGGUGAAAGUUACAUUUGCAAGAACGUCAAAGUGUAACUGACUGUUUGGUCUAAAAUCACUAAUUAUAGCAUGAUGAGGACUUAUUAGUGUUUAUUAUAGCAGAUGGAGUAGAGUAACUUAAGGAUUUAGAUCAACAAUUUUAACAAUACUAUAAUAAAAGUAAGACUGACAUUAGUUGUAGCUGUUGUGAUCAGGACAAGUAGGUCCACAGCAGUAGGUAAUCUGCAGCAUACAAACCUAAUGGCAACAGUGCUCAUCCCUUUGGAAAUGUACACCAACCAGCUAUAUCAUUAUGAAAACAAGACCAUCAAAUGAAACUCAGUAGCACAACUCGGAUAUAAAUUCUACUUUUGAGAAGCUUCUACAUUUCCAUUUCUGUUGACAUGAUCACACAGGUGAUAACUGCUCUUUAGAUUAGUUCCUGGUUGGGUACUAGACUGUAUUUUAUCAAACAGUAUUUCUAAUAUCUUACUCUCCUCAAGCUGAAUAAUGGAGUGGACAAAAUAUUGGGAACACAUUUCAAUGCGGUGCACUCCAGGACUACUCUGACUUUUAUUGUUGAAUUUUAGUAAAAUAAUCAAAUGUCUGAUCAUGUCAACAUUAAUAGAGACAGAGAGCCAGAGAGCUUGGCGCGUCACUACCCCAUCAGUCUAAAGCAUAUAGCAUAUGCCAUAGGUUAGCCCUGUACCUUUUGUAAAAAUCUACAUAUGUAGCUUGACAUGCACUUCCUCCAAGUAUGUGUCGACAAAAAGAAAACAGGCAACAAGUACUGCGAUUAGUCUUCUGGGUAGCAUUGCAUUCAUGAUAAGUCAGCAGCUGCAGAAUUCAUCCCCCUCUGUUUUUCUCUUUUUGCAGUCAUUGUACUAUGAUCAAUGGCUGCUCAUCGUUCAUCAGCUUCAACUCCAACAUACUACUCUUGGAUUCAGUGACCAUGGUUUCAUGUGAACAUACAAGCAGAGAACGUAGCAAAGCUGGCAACAUGAAUCACACUUCUGACGAGCACAUGCUGUAUUGUGGCUACUAUGUAGAGUCAACGCAGUAAUCUGAACCAAGCUAAAGCUUACAAAAGCUCGCCCCUACUUUAUAGGCUUUAUUAAAAAAUGAAGUUUUGAGUCGACUCUUUAAAGCUCAGUGUGAGGUUAUUGAGUGGAAGGUGUCUGCUCUCUGUACAGUGACCAGUAGAUAACAACAGCGAGGCACCUGAUGAUUGACCGCUCCACUUUCUGUUCUGCUUUUAGAGACUGAAAUGAUCACAAGCUGGCCGUGGUCAGGCCUGCACACACCAGAUGAUUUUUUUUUACCAUCCGUUCAACUUAACCUGCCCUUUUAUUAGAACCUGUUGUAUAUUCUUAUAUAUAUUAUAUAUUAUAUUAUAUUCUUAUAUAUAUUCUUAUAUAUUCUUAUUCUUACAUUUUAAAACACCUUUUGAGCCGAUGGAAACAGAGAGGCUUUAUUUUUAAAAAAAAAUUGUGUUCCUGUUAUUUGCGGUGGGUAGGCCUAAUGUAGAUCUACAUGAUUUCAUGUUUCGUGAGGGAAUAUUCUGACCCACUGUGCAUGGCAUGAACACCUCAGUCUAACAUAAAAGAUGAUGUUAAAUCAAUGUCUAUGGCAGUGCAAAACCAAAACUGAACAUUUAGUGUGUAAAGGCAGAAUGUAGAAAAAAGCUGUUGUUUCAGAUAGUAUUACAACUACAAGCAUAUUUUAAUGCUGGUAAAUACAGCAGAAGCACCAGUUGGUCAGUAAGGCUGUAUUGAUCCUCCAGUAUGGGCUGAUAUUAAGAUUCAACAAUAAACACAAUGUUAUGGAUAGAAAGUGAAAAUGUUGAUCUUAUCUUAACCUUUAAGAUACAGCCAUUUUUUUUCAAGCUGUUUCUAUUUGAGUGCCAGGUGUAAAAUGGCAAGAAGCCAGGAACCAUCUGAUAAUUGCCUCAAAUGUUUACUUCCCUAUUUGAAACACAUUAGCAGCAUCGCUUAAAUGCAUUUUAAUCUAAAUUCACAGUGGUCCCUCUUACACUGUGAAGCAGAUUCUUUAGUUGAGCUUAAGCCCCAAGGCUCAAGCCCCAACUGUCUCUAAUCCAGUCACCACUUGUAUUAAUAGCCUGCUAAUGACAUCAGUUUAAGACCAAGAUCAUUAGACACUUUUUCUUUGGUGCAAAGCCAAGCAACUCAUAAUACAUAAUAGUUUACACAUUCAUUUUUGAUCAUCUGCUGAAGAGAUUGAAAUUUUUGUGGCAUUAUUUUGAGAGAUCAUGUUUUUACGCACAAAGACUCGGCUAAAGAUUCGGCUUAUUUGUCAUCUUGUCAUUUUGGUGUCAGAGCCUGAAAGUACUGUGGCUAUAAAACGGUAACACAUCAGCAGUGUGAGAAGAGGAACCAGCAUGCUGUUUGCUUAGUGCUAUAUCUUGCUUGUAAUGUUUCUGUUGACCUUCUAUGUCACUUCUCAUGUAGACUUGAUCGUCUGUUUAUCCUGCUCGACACGGGAACAACACCAGUAACCAGGAAAGCAGCAGCCCAGCAGCUCGGAGAAGUUGUUAAACUCCACCCACAUGAGUUGAAUAACCUCCUGUCAAAGGUAUGUGGGGAAGAGUUUUCCUCAGACCUCCUCAUUUAAGAAUAUUUGUUUCUGCAGAUGAAAAUGUGAUGAUAAGAUAAUGCAAUGAAGUUUAAGUCAAGUUAUAGCUCAUAAAAAAAUUAUGCUGCAGUUGUUGUAAUUUAGCCUUUUUUGGUCCAUUACAAGGUCCUGACCUACCUAAGGAGUCCCAACUGGGACACUCGUAUAGCGGCAGGCCAAGCUGUAGAGGCCAUAGUGAAGAAUAUCCCUGAGUGGGACCCGGCACCCAGGCCUAAAGAAGGUGAGCUUGUGAAUCCUUCAUUUCUAAUUUGUUGAUUUUUAACUUGUUUUGAGUGUAGGGAAACUUUCAUAUUCAACUUUGUAUUCUGAGUUCACUUUUUGAAAUGACCCCCAGCUUUGUUCAACUCUUCAUCACAGAAUUAUUGCUCAUAAAAUGCUCAUUGCACUCAUGUUCAUAUAGGUUAGGUUUUGUUUUCUUGUUUCAAACCUCAGUGGAGAGGAAUCUGAGUAAACAUAUUCUCAACUUUGUCAGUCAAAUAUCUCUGUUGCAACAGUAUUGCUAGCAGUAAACUUCACACACUGUGUCUCAAAAUGACCGUCCUAGUCACCAUAUUGAAUGCAAUUUCAGAAUGGAGAAUAAGUUACAGUUAAAAAUCUUUAUCUCUUUAGAAGGUCCUGGAAGCCAUAACUUAAACUUAACUCAUCUUUAAUCAAGCGAAAUUUUAACACAAGUCCUAAUCCAGUUUCUUGAUGUUGUCAAAAGACAGUAACCGGACCUGAAACCCUGAGGAAGUAAUGGGCUGGAAAUAUUUCACUGACCUGCCAGCAGACACAAAAACACAACAUAUGUGGGCUUAUAUAAGAGUGUGGGUCAGACUUAAUUGCAAAAGGUUUUGUAUUGAACAGCCAAAUCCUCUUCUACAGACAUAAAUCCAAAUCAGGCACAGCCAGACACUGUGAACAGGGUUUAGUUGUGUGUGUGUGUGUGUGUGUGUGUGUGUGUGUGUGUGUGUGUGUGUGUGUGUGUGUGUUGGCUUAUUGUCUGUUCAUUGAUGAAACAGAGAGACCAAACAUCCCUCAAGUUGAUCACCAUUAUUAUUUGACAUAUCAUCCUCAGUUGUGAAACAGAACUCAUUAUUCAACAUGGAAAUAAGUGUUUGUUUCCUUAUCAUGUCAUAUUAUUUGAAAUGUAGUAGAUGUGAAGAUUAAAGUUUGCCUGUCUGCUGCAUCUGCGUUGCUGUGUAUAAUGAUGCACCUUAAAAACCGUACAAAAAUUUGACCGACAAAAUGAAAGUAAAUUUUGGCCUGUUUCAACUGUCGUAUUGAAUAACAGCUAAAUAGACGAGUCAAUGAAAUCUAUCAUUGAUCUAUUGCCAAAAAAAUGCGUCAUCAAGGGCUUCUCCAAGUUUUACACUGUUAGCUGACUCCAUAGCAUCACUCAGUCAACCAAUGAUUGCACCUGUGUGCUAUAUGAUAAGCUUUGUUGUGCUACGUUUAUCCCAGUAGAGCUGGUUUGCCGUCAUCAGUGUUUUUGACAAAGCGCUCUUUUUCCCCUCUGUCCACAUAAAUCAGCGUCAUGAAACAUUGAGAAUCCCAUGCGUAUUCUUCAUUAAAGGCAUCAGUGAAGACCUGAUCAGAUUCAUCAAGUUGCAAAAGAAAAAUAAAUGUGAAUUUAUAAAGCUAUUCUCUUUGUGGUUGGCAGAGUCUUGUGAAGAUUUAUCUCCAGAGGAUUCCUCAUGUGACCGUCUGACUUUCUACCACUUUGACAUCUCCCGCCUCCUCAAACACGGAGCCUCUCUGCUGGGAUCUGCCGGAGCUGAAUUUGAGUUGCAGGAUGAUAAAACUGGUUUGUGGUGUUUUUUUGUUUUCUGUUGCUACUCCUGCCAUGUUUUCAUAAACUGUGUCUAUGUGGAGAUAAAGUUGGGUAUGUUGAUUGUAGCUCAUGGAAAGGAAAUGUUUGAAUCAUCAGAGCUCUCAAAACAUUGUAGGAUUGUCUUUUGGAGACCCUGCAGCACUACAAAUAAAAAUUGAACAUAAACUGCUCAGUGAUCAAACACUCUGAAGUACAGUAACAAGUAUCUGUAGGCCAGCAGGUAAGAACUCAAAUGUGUUUCAUUGAUAAAAGCAUUGAAACAUUUCUAAGGAGCUUUUAUAUCUCACCCUCACCCUUUCUCUUGUUUAGUGAGAGAAGUGUGCUUUAGCAAGGUUUAAAAUCUCCGUUUGAAUCACGUCCUUGCCCCUGAGUCAGAGAGAGGCUUUCAAUGUUGGACCAAAUUUCAAGAAAAAACACAGAGACACUUGUAGCUUGUGACUCGGCAGUGGUAAACCAAUAAGUUUCUGUUGGAUCGAACAUAUUGGGCUUUCAGGUAGUUUAUUUUCUCUGCUGGCUCCUCAUCAUAUCUGUUUUACUUCGAGUUCAGUCAUCAGCCAAUCAAAGCUUUGACUCAGAUUAGUCUAAGUAGCACCAGUGGGAUGAUUUAAAACUGUCAUAAGUAAGUGAUCUCACUCAGUGUCAUGUCACUACCCUAAAGGUAUGAAAAGCUGCACUGGUUAGAAUACCUGAUUUGCUCCAGAACUGGACAGCAUAUGGGUCAGGAUUGCAGUCUACAAAUCAGCAGCCAAAGCAUUAUGUUGUCAGACAAGAAGAAUAUUCACAUUUAAUUCCUAUAGCAGAUUUGAAGUCAAUUUAUUACCUUUUUGAAUUCGAAAUUUAGGACUUAAUUUCCUCUGGAACCCUGUUAGGAUGCGGAUAUCGCUCUUUUAAACAAACUUUUUUUUGUGCUGUCAUGAUCUUGAAAUGCACUGCUACCUGGUCUGUACUCUCUAUCAAUCUGCUUUUUGCCAAUCACAUCCCUCAUAGCCACCAUAUUUUUUCACACUAUAAGGUGCACUUAAAAUCCUUUUGGCUUGUCUACCGUAGCUUCACAGACUUAUUGAAUGAGUUAAAUAAAGUUUGACUUAUCUGACUGUUUUGUUUGGCUUAAUGUGCCUUAUAAUUUGGUGCGCCUUACGUAUGAAAAUAGACACGAAUAGACCUGUUCAUUGAUGGUGCGCCUUAUAAUCAGGUGCGAAAAAUACAGUAUUUUAUUUUCAAUGUUUCCUAGCCUGAACAACAGCUUUUGUAGGGAUGCUGAAGUUAUGAUGAAAACUCAACCACCAAACAACUAGAAUACCAUUAGCUGUGUUUAAAUAUGAGUUGACUUUACUGAUAGUCAUUUAUAUUUUAGCUUCAUGUAUGUAAACAUGUUCUUGCACUGAGCCCUGACACCACUUGCUGCUUUUCGGUUUGGCUAAAUAUAGAAUGCUAUCUGUGAUUUUUACAGAGCUACAUAUGAUACUCUCUCUGUAUGUAUGUAAGCUGCCAGCGCUGAACGUUUUUGCCUCUCAUUUGUCUCUGUUGUUCACGUAUACUGCACAUGAUCAGACUCGGGUGUCCCCUGACUCUCUUUCCUUUUUAUUUUCAGCUGAGAUGGACCCUAAGGAACGUCUGGCCCGCCAAAGAAAGCUCCUUCAGAAGAAGUUGGGCCUCGACAUGGGUGCUGCUAUCGGCAUGGACACUGAGGAUCUGUUCAAUGAUGAGGACCUGGACUACACCUGCCAACCCAGUGGACUCAGAGCUCAUGGAAGCAAAGCCACAGCUGGAUCAAGCUCCAGAAACCAUGUGGUAAGAAACUUUUGAGCCCUAAACUUUAACUCAGUAGGCCUAGCUUUCACUUGUUUGUGACUCUGCGGUUCAGAGUGAGAAGAAAAUAAACACAGGUGUGAGAGAGGAAGUGCGCCUGUGUUUACUGCUUUGAACAGCAGUUUUGUGAAGCGAUUCUGUGGUUUAGGGUAAAGCUCUGACUUACCAGGCCACAUUUUAUUCAAUAAACCCAGUCUGGGGUAUUUUCGCCACUUAUGAAACAGUCUUAAUUGAAAACUGUUCCAGCUAUUUGACCUUGAAAGGACACCAUGAAGGCAGAUCAGAGCAGACACUAAUUCCAAUAUUAAAAUCUGAAAAUUAAUUUGCUGGCUGAUUCUAUGAGCAUGUUGUAAAUAAAAAACAUGAAGUAAUGUUGGAGUGAAAUUGAGGAUGACAUAAUUGUUUGGUGAGAGUGAAAAAAGAUAAAUGUUCAGUGUGUGGGUGUGUGGGAGGAAGCAGUCUGACAGCUCGUGGUAAGAAACUGUUACACAGUCUGGAUAUGUGCGUGUCUGUGUUAUAGAGCUCCACAAAUGAGAUCUCAAUGACAAUCACAAGGACUUGAUCAGUCUUAUUUAUUUAUUUUAAGGGUCAACCUCUCCCCUGUUUGUUUAUUUAGAAACCUAUAUUUGCGUCUUCAUGAUUCCCAGGGUUAGAUUAUGACCAAGAAAGAGCCCUGACAUUUUUAUUUGAUCCAAUUUCCAAUUUCGAUCAGUCUAGAUGAUGAUACAGUCAACAAAGAAUUUGAACAUGUAGUGGAGUUUUUUUAGGGAGUGGUAUUAAACAGUCCACUAUGCUAACAGAUACAACAUUACUGCAACAUUACUGUCUUUAGUCUUUGCUCACUCUCUCCCUCUGCUUUACUGACACACCUGAUCCACUUCCUCUCUGGCUGUUUUGCUGCAGAUUUUUUUCUGUCUUACACCAGCUUUAAACUUCAUCUCUGUCAGCUGUGUGAUGGCUGCGAAACGCUCGGUUUUCAUCUUGGUGUGCGUGUCAACAGAUUAACCCCCUCACACUGCCAGCGUGAGUAGCGCGUCUCAUGCAGAUAUCACGGUAGUGUCAAAAAUCUGAAGAAAAGAAAGCUCACUGAUGUUCAUGACACAGUUCAUUUCACAAACAUAAAAAAUAUACUAUGAAGGAUCUUCAGGAAUUCAUUUCCUACAAAAAGCCUGACCUGUUCUCUGUGGAGAGACUCCUCGUUUUUUCACAAGGACAGUUUUGUGUCCUUGUGUGAGGACAGUUACUUAAUUUAAAAAAAAAAAAAGGGACUUGUGCAUGAUAAAAAGUAGGCAUAACUUUUGGCAUGUGGGCUGCAGGUAAGAUACUUAAUAUCAUAAAAAAAUAAAUGAAUAGAUAGAAUAAAGUCCUAAAACAGAGUCAGGUCAUUUGGUUCUCAGUUGCCUAUAUAAUAUAAUCAGUUAGAGCAUUUGAUUGGAUAUUAGUCUGACCUCCCCCCUCCUUCUUUCUCUGUGACAGCGUGUUUGUGUCUUUGUUCAAAGCUACUGGUAUUUAACAGUUAAUUUCAAAAACAGUUUUGCUGCUCAUGAGAUAAUGUUUUGAAAGUUUAACCCCUGAAACCGCUCCUCUGUGGGUACAGCAAACAACCUGAUAAGGGACGAGUGGUUAGUUUCUAUAUGUUAUUGUUGCAUCAAAAAUGAUUAUGGCAGGUCACAUGUCUCUUCACCCUUUCUUGGAAAAAAGAUCCUGAUGGCAUUUAUAGAGCUAAAACAGUUAAAUAGUUACAAGUUUAUGGUCAUGUUUUGGGAAAAACUUGUGGGAGAUACGAGGCUGACAGCAGUGACUCACACUGCCGAUGUGCAGACAGCACACAUCCUAUGUAAAUGCCAUGUUGUCAUGUGUCACAGCCAUUACCCAGCUGUCACAAGUCCAGUCAGAUAAUCUAAGGUUGGUGAAUACUUACUGUGAGUUACAUUUUUUGGACUAUAGGAAAGCCAAAUUAUGUUUCAGUUUUGAUUAAUGGUGCAUUUCUCCUCUUCAGUAUGACACCUUUUAACCUGAUUGGGGAUCAGCAAAAAGAUUGUGACCUUGAAGUGUUGCAGAUGUUUCGUUUUCCUUUUUGUCCUCGCAUCUCUUACUGAACUAGUGCUUCAUGAUUGUUAAAGCAGUCCUUGCAGCCCCAAGUAGUUUACCAGCUGUGUGUCCUUGCAGUCAGAUAAUGUUGAUGGAUCUAAUGGUUUGUCUGCUCUCAACUGUGCAUAAGUGGAAGGAUGUCAGGAAAAAGUGUAAAUUGAAAAUUGUAUCAAAAUGAAUGCAGCGAGGCUUCAGUUGUCAAACCCAUGUCCUUAAAAAACCUUUACUCCAUCGCUCUAAAAAAGCUUGCCCUGAUAGGAUCUCCUCUGAAUUUGUUUUCUACUUUGUUCUGACUCGGCUCUUGUUAUCUGUGUGGCCUGACAGUCUGUUCGGUGACUCACUCCGUUGUUCCCAAUGAAUCAAACCUUAGUGUGUUUUUGUGUUACCUGUUUUAGCCUUCGAUCACGCUCUUGUCUUUAUCUGUUCUGCUUGUGUUCUGAAGUGCUCCAUUACUUUCCAUUUCAAACCGAACAAGACUCAAGUGUUGCAACAAAAAAGGUCUAAAUGCGUCCUCGGUGACUGUCAGAUUCAUGGCUAAUAUUUCAAACAUGGCUCAAAUAAUUGUCUUUUAUUUUUUAUUUGUGUGCAGCUGAACAGGCUUUAUGUACUCUGGGGCUUUCUUCAUGCCAUAGAAUCAUGAGUGUUACUCAUGGAUGCCUCAGCUGAGUGGACCACAUGAAGAUUUAUGUUGCUUUGGGGCAGAUUUUACUUUAAAAAAAAAAACAAGACUUAUUCAAAAAUCUGCAUUGCAUUGUUGUGUAAACUCUGUGAGGCGGCCCAGAGGGUCAUGACUGACCUGCAACAGCCAAUCCUGUGACCUGAACUGACCUCUGACAUUACAUAAAGUGUGAAAUGAACUAGAUAAACAGAGUGGAAAUCAUCUACUUUAGCCUGACCUCAUCUCACACCGUUCUCGGGAACAUGACUUUCGCUCCAUAACAUAACACAACAGUGCGUCAUUCAGUCUGGGCAGCGAUACUCACCGCUUAAGCUCUUAUUGGUUUAUCUUUCUGGACCAAGCCUGGAGUAGACAAGACUGAUACGUCUGAUAUUCACUCAGCGCAGACAGUAAGAAGGAAGGGUUCAAUGUAUAGCUUCCAAAGUGGCAAGCUAUACAUCCUGUCAGAGGCGAGGUGUCCAUCAAACCAGAAAAUGAAUGUUUCACUUUCUUCUUGGGGAGGAAAUUGAACCCCAACCUGCCUUGAAAGCAAACCAUUAGCGCUCCAGUCUGUAUAAUCUGAAAUCUUUGAUUGACUACUCAGGUUUUUAAACUUUGUGACACAUGGUAGAAGUUUGGUCUUAUGUGACCUCCGACAAAAAUGGCAUUUAUUAUUACUAUUACUUUUUGCUUUGGGUGCUGCUGGGUACUAUGCCCGGGUAAUGUCUUUGGCCCUGCGAUUCCCACCCCUACUCUAGUUAUAAAACGAGUAACAUAUUCUCUGUUGUAUUUUUAGCCUAUUCAAGCCGCUGAGUUGAUCGACUCAGAGUUCAGACCAGGCAUGAGCAGUCGACAGAAGAACAAGGCGAAGAGGAUGGCCAAGCUGGUGGCCAAACAAAGAUCCAGAGACGUGGAUACAAAUGAAAAAAGGUGGGAUUAUAUAAACCAUGUCUGAAGCAUGUCUAGUGUUACUUUGAUGCGUCAAGUUGAAACUGUCUCAUCAGGGUUAUCUGUUUAGAGUCAAAUAACGUUUGUUUUUAAGACUAAACGAUCGCCAUCCUGUUCCCUUUCCCCGACAGUAACGACAGUUUCGAGGGCGAACCCGAGGAGAAACGGAGGAAAACAACAAAUGUAGUUAUUGACCAACCAGCAACAGAGCAUAAAGUCUUAAUCGACAACGUUCCAGAUCACUCCAGUCCAUCGGAAGAUGUAAGGAGUCCUUAAAAUAUUUCAUAACUCAUCACAGUUUGAUCCUGGUGUACCUCAUAUCUCGCUGCUUUCUUUUCAGACACACGAGUGGCCUCUGGAGAGCUUCUGCGAGGAGCUCUGCAAUGACCUCUUUAAUCCUUCAUGGGAGGUAAAAAUACAGAACUUCAGUUAAUAACGCAAAUUGGAUCUCCAUACAGAAAAAGGACAGUGCUAGAUGAAUGCAAACGAAGAAAAAAACAGGACUGUAUGUGGUUGUUCUCAGAUUCGUCAUGGUGCAGGCACGGGUCUUAGAGAAAUCCUCAAGUCUCAUGGUGCAGGGGGAGGAAAGCUGGUGGGGAGCACUUCAGAACAGGUACUUGAUAACCCUCCCUCCUCAGGUUUGAAGAUUCAGUUGAGACUGAAAUAUGACACAGGCUCUUUGACAUUUUGGAUUAGAUGCUGCGGCAGCAUCAGGAGUGGAUAGAAGACCUGGUCAUCAGGCUACUCUGUGUCUUUGCUCUGGACCGCUUUGGGGAUUUUGUGUCUGAUGAGGUGAGUUUUUGUCUUUUGUCUCCAAUGGGGGAAGAUUUUUGCGGAUCCUUGGGGGGUCGUUUCAUUACAAAAUCUUGUCUUCUUGUUUUUAACCAUGUAGUUAAGAGAGGGGUUCAUUUUUUUUAUUAUUUUGAUUUUGGCAUUCACUCUUGCCUCUCCCAGAUAUACUACUUGUGUAUUUACUACAUCUGACUUAUUGCAUGUUGUUCUCUAGAUUGCAUUGAGUGAAAUGGUUCAUUAGACAGUACAGGUUUGAUUUGCCAUUCUUAAAGCCUUGUUUCUAAGUUUUAUUGAACCCAGAAAAAGCAUUUGCAACUUUGAUGUUAUGUGUUUUUUUUUUCCUGCAUCAUUUAAUGGCUUAUGCUGUAAUGUUGUAGCAUACACACAUGUUGGGCCUUUAUCUCAUUUUCAGGUUCCUCUAAGUGACUAAAACUGAAUGGUUUAUGUUUUAGCUUUGGAAAUAAAUGGUCACACAAAAUAUACAGCAACAGCCAAUUCCUGUUCAAACUGAAUGCCUCUUAGACAUGCAGAUCGGCACCAGCACUCAGAUGAAGCUUGAACCUCUAGAAAAAUCCUUGUCCCAGAAAAUCAUAUACAUAUGGUGGCUCAGAGGGAUGCAGAGCCAGUGUCAGUGUUCAUUAGCUGUUGUCUGUUACUUGCUAACCAGCUCAAUGUGUUCAGACACCUUCUUGUUUGGUACAUCACUGAUACUUUGUUCCUUUGCCAGGUUGUGGCUCCUGUCAGGGAGACGUGUGCACAGACACUUGGUGUGGCCCUUCGGCACAUGAAUGAAACUGGCGUUUCCAUGACAGUAGACGUCCUGCUGCAGCUGCUCAAAGAAGACCAAUGGGAAGUCCGCCAUGGAGGCCUGCUGGGGAUAAAGUAUGCCCUGGCUGUCCGUCAGGUACCACCUGUUCUUCUGCUUGUGUAAAGGAUAGGCUGUCAAGCAUAGAAGGGUCCAGUAUGUUCAGUCUGAACGCCGUAUGACCGCGGAUAAAAAGUGUGAGGAAUGGAAUGACACAUGCAUGUCAGCGUAUGUGGGGAGACGUCAGUGGAAACCUGUGGGUUUCUGUUUUAUUCAGCUCAUGAAUCCAAAUGAAUCUCACCUGUCUCUCCCUCUGCAUCUCAGGACCUGAUAUCUGUGUUGCUGCCCCGUGUGCUCCCAGCCAUCACUGUGGGUCUGCAGGAUUUGGAUGAUGAUGUCAGAGCUGUGGCAGCUUCAUCCCUCAUCCCUGUGGUGGAAGGUUUGGUACAGCUACUUCCCAGCAAGGUCAGAGAAAGCAAAAGAAGUGCAUUUUAAACCAAAAAAUAUGCCUGAAGUUUUAGCAUUACAGAGAUUUUUCUGUGUGUUCUUCAGGUGCCCUUCAUAGUCAACACACUGUGGGACGCUCUUUUGGACCUAGACGACCUCACAGCUUCUACUAACAGCAUCAUGACGCUGCUGUCUUCACUGCUCACCUACCCGCAGGUCCGACAGUGCAGGUCAGUCUGAGGGAAGGUCACACAAGAAGGAAACGCUCCCGCACUAUACAGUGUGUCCAGGAACAAACAGCCUCAACUAGUACCAGUAACAUGAUGUUAAUGAGCAGCUUUGUGUGUGAUGAAAAUAAGUAAUCAAAUAAGUAAAAUAAGGCAAGUAAAUGAAGUAGUCAGCAAAACCAGCAAUGGCGGGCAAUGUUGAUCACACGACUUCUCCUGAUAUUGUGCAUCCCACUCUGGUAAACCUUACACUGACAUCAGCUAUGGCAUGUUUGCAGUCAGAAGUUUUCAAGUCACAAGUGAAGCAUUUCUGACACCCGUCAAAAUGUCAAGAAUUCGACAUAAGGGCUACAAAGAUUGAAGGGUUGGCGAAUGUUAAAUUUUUGAGACCCUGUGCUAAAUCAUCAGCUGGCAGAUUAGAUUUUCCUGCUACCAUACCUGCCUACAAAUAUAGAAGGAGUGACUUACCUCUCAUUUGCCAGAAGGUGUCCUCUGUAUUGUCUGUUUGUGUGUUAGGUAGUGUAUCACCAGUGCUAGGACCUUAACUAUACUUCAUUUGAACUUGAUUUACAUGAAGAAAAAUACACUGCACAUCCACUCAGCAAAUCUUUCAAACAGAAUCUAACACUGGCUGACUACUAAAGUCUAGGUACAAGUGUAAAUCUUAAUCCUGCGACUGUCUUUCAUCCAGUUUUUUUUUCUUUCAUCCAGCAUGCAGCAGUCAUUAACAGUCCUGGUUCCUCGAGUUUGGCCGUUCUUGAGACACACAAUAUCAUCGGUUCGAAAGGCGGCACUGGAGACGCUUUUCACCCUGCUGUCUAAAUCUGAGCAGGUAAAUCUGAUCAAGAGUCACUAACAAAGUGUAAUAAAAGCAGAAUUAUUAAACUCUUUAAUGGAACCUUUUAUUGUUUAAACUUGAAGGCUCAUGUUUUCUGUUGUUAUUCGCCAGAGCUGUGCCAUGUGGAUUAACCCCAUCCUACAGGAAAUGCUUCGACACAUAUUCCAGUCCUGCAUACUGGAAAGCAACGAGGAAAUCCUUGAACUAAUCCAAAAGGUUUGUCGUUGAUCUAAAGCACCACUUAUACCAUGGGUUAAAUAAUAAAAGGAACUUUCAAUUUAUGGAAACAAUUAAAUACUUCCAUCCUUUUAUUUUCUAUGAAGACAUCUUGCCUUUUCGUGUCGUCAUGUGCAGGUUUGGAUGGAGCUGCUGUCUCAGGCCCCUCAACAGUACGUGGUGGCGGCCAGCUGUCCGUGGAUGGGCGCCUGGCUCUGUCUCAUGAUGCAGGCCUCACAUAUUCCAAUCGACAUAAACAUGCUGCUUGAAGUAAAGGCCCGCUCCAAGGCAGGAUACUUUCUUCACCUUCUGAGAUCUUGUGUUUGUCUCUUCUCAGCUGAUAUUUUGUGUUUCUUACGAAUGUGUCUGUGUACGCUUUUUCUUGACGUAUUAAUAUCACAAUGAUGCAGUGCUUCUGUAAUGAUAAAUAACUGUCUUAGUAUGACUUGUGCAGGGUUUCAGUGACUAGGGGACAUUUUCUUUUCAUGCAAGUUCAUGCAAAUAUUGUGUCUGAAGUUGCUAGGUGACUUGGCAGAUUGUGUGAGAUAAUAAGAGACUCAAAGGUCUUUUGAAUUUGUUUGUUUGAAUCAGCAAAGCUAGUCUGGAGAAGCACUUAAAGACAAGUGCAGGUGUGUCAUCUGCAAAUUACAACAUCAUUCAACCCAAAUGACGGAAACAGUUUUAUGACAGUCUGACUUUAGGAUCAGAGAAAUUGAAAAUGGGAGCAGUUUUUCUUACCUUCAAAUUAAGAGGAGUUGAUUUAAUAGGGUAGCAGUCCUAAUACUUAAGGAUUGGAUUUAGGAAAGAGAGGUAUGACUUUUCUCAGCAGAUACAUAUAAUGACCUGCUUCUUAUAACUGUUCCUGAUCAAUCAGUUCUUGAUGUCACAUUUUGUGUUUUUAGAUAAAUUGAAUUUGGAAAAGUCUGGGGAAGCUCUCCAGGAAGAACUAAUGGCGACAUUUUUAUCUGCUUUUCUCUCCAGUGAAUGAAUAGCAUCAUUCAUAAAUAUAUUUACUAUGCCUCUAUUCAGCAGGUGAAAGUUUCUCUGUACUAGAAAAUGAAUGUUUUCUCGUUCUAACAGGAUAAGGCUGGUACAAAGGGCCGUCAAGGGAACAACCAGGUGAAGGAAACGGUUCAGGAGUACUUAGCAGGUGCGGAGACGGUGACAGAUGACCCAGUGACACGGGACUACGUGGUGAUUCGUGCUCGUCUCAUGGCUGCUAGGUAGGUUUGGGGUGUUGAUUCAGAGGUAAUAUGUUUACAGUGCUGUUCUUUGGUUUAACUUAUGACUUGAGCUGCGUUUGUACCAAGCGGUCUGGCUCAGUUCUUUACAAUUAUUUGCCUUUGUCCCAUCAAAAUGCCAAAAUAAGAGGUUGCUAGCAUCCUACCUUUUUGGCACCCUUGUGUUGGGGCACUAAGAAAACCUAUCCAACCCUGAAGGGUGGAGCUAGACACACUGCAAUCCUUUCAAUGCGAGAGAAGGAAGAAAGGAGAUGGUAUCUGAUUAUAUCUCUCCUAACCUGAUGUUAUUUGAUCAGUAAAAGUACAUACAGUUAUGAGUUAUGACCUUGUUCUAUGUACUUGAUGUGCAGACACCAAAUGGGCAGUGAGAGAUGCAAAUACAUUUUUCCUGUAACACCUUAUCUAAUAGUUGACCCGGCUCUCCUGCAGUGAGUGUGAUUCAUGGUGUGAUGUUGACUGUAUCAGCACUCUUUCACUGGGCCAGCACUUUUUUUUAAAACUAUAAAAUAUAAAAACAAUAGAUAUAAUAUUGUUUCGUGCACAACCCCAACAGUAUGAAUGAUUCUCUAUAAGGACGCACACCCAAAUCCAGCCAUUCUGAAGCUUUACCGCAGUCGGUAUGCGUGCUGUUUGGAGCGCCUAAAGGUACAGUUGGCUGUGGAAACACAAACAGGAUCAGGGUUUACAGUACCAAACUGCACUGAGCCAAACCAGACCACUCGAUGGAAAUGCCCCAUUUGUCUCAGAAAUAAAAAGAAGCAGACUUGUUGGUUAAAUGUUUGGCAAACAGCUCUGACAGUGUUUUUCCUCCCUCUCCAUCUGUAAUACAGAUUGCUGGGGGCUUUGUGUAGGUGUAUCUGUGACCCUCAGCUCAACGCCGCAUCUCAGGAGAUCCGACCAGCUGAGUCUUUGGGCCAGCUGUUGCUUUUCCACCUCAACUCCAAGUCCGCCCUGCAGCGCAUCGCUGUGUCUCUGGUGCUUUGUGAGUGGGCUGCACUGCAGAAGGUGAAAACCUCCAACGGAGUUUGUCUAUUACGCAAUCUUCAAAAUUUUCGGGUGGCUCAUGAGUGCAGAAUAAUCAGAAGUGCAUUUGUUUCUCUCUCUCAGGACUGUCAGCCAGUGUCCUCCAUGGUGCAGCCUCGUCUUCUAGCUAUUCUGUCAGAGGAGUUGUAUUACGAUGAGAUCGCCAUCCCCUUCACACGCAUGCAGAAUGAAUGCAAGCAGCUCAUCGCACUGCUGGCUGAGUCAAACAUAGACCUGCAAGACCGUAUCAACUGUAGUGUUUUCACGAUUGAUCAAGCUAAUGAACUGGUAAGUCCAGCUGCUCAUACAUGUUGGAAAAACCUACUUCAAACAAUAAAACUGGAACCUUUUUACAGGCCACUUCAGUCCAGAAUGAACAAAGUUUCAGUCUUUGUCAAAGAGAAUAUUUAAAAAUAUCAUCCUACUGCAAACUCAGUUAACUUUCAGUCUCCUUCCCUGCUUGUUUCCUAGGUAACCACCAUCUUUACGAACACAACAGGAGCUCUGGACGUCAAAUCCAAACAGUGGCAGGCACUGGACAGUAAACGACAGCAGGCUCAGGCCACAGUGCUCGAGACCAGCGCAGAAUGGCAGCAGCUGCAUCUGCGCGUUCACAUGUUUACAGCCUGCGCGGUCAUUAACCUGCAGGUUCUUCCUGACAAGCUCAACCCUCUGAUCCGCCCCCUGAUGGAGGCCAUCAAGCGGGAGGAGAAUACCCUGAUCCAGGGUUACGCUGCUUCUUUCAUUGCCAAGCUGCUGCAGCAGUGCGCCGGACGCUCACCGUGCCCAAACCCCAAGAUCAUCAAAAACCUCUGUGCCUCAGCCUGUGUGGACUCUGCAGCCACACCCUCAUCUGCCUGCCCUGUCCCCCCCACACAGGAAAAUGCCAAAGGUAAGACUUGAAGAGAAAUGUGGGUUUCAAUGCUGAUUAUCAAGCAUUUUAUUGCAGUCAUAAAACUUUAAACAUUCUCAAGAAAAUAUUACAUAGAACAUUUUAAAGCUUCAGUACAGUGACCCAUCACAAUCCUUGUCAUUACAGAAUUGUAUUUUGUUAAAAUGACCUCCCAGUAGUUCUUUAAAUUCUCAGUUAUGGAUCAACCUGGCAACCCACUGCUCAACAUCCACAGUAACCUUAACAGCUAAUGCAUUAAAUGAUUGAUUUAUAGUGACAUGCCUAAACGGCCAAAUUCAUUUCAAAAUUCUCCUUAUUCUCUUCUCCUUAUUUCCUCUGUCUAUAGGCUGCGGGUUGGAGAAAGACGGCAUGCAUCACAUGGUCAACAAAACCCGAGGAAUCAUCACCCUCUAUCGUCACCAAAAGGCAGCAUUUGCCAUUACCAGUAAAAGGGGGCCAGCCCCUAAAGCCCCAAAGACACCCACCACAGAGCUUCCUCCUGGCAGCACCAUCUGCACUGAUAAUGACGAGGUAAGGGGUCACCACUGAAGGACAUUUGUCUCAUUUCAGCCAGCGCUUGUGCUGAUCCGUAUUCACCUGAUUUGUUUUUUUGUUUUUUUUUUCAGAGCAAGAAACCAUUUCUCAUUCAAAGACGGGGGGCAGAAUUCUCCCUAACAACUGUAGCUAAGCAUUUCGGCUCAGACCUCGCCAAGUGUCUGCCGUACCUUUGGGAGAACACAGUGGGACCUUUGAGAGCAGCAGUGACUGACAGUUACUGCAUUGGUAGGUCCUUAUGGUUUAUCAUCUUUUAAUCUUUGAUAGACUUUAGUUUUACAGCAGCUUUGUUACCACACCCUGCACUGAUGUUUGUGGUAUGGCCUGCUGCAAUGUUAACAAUCUGCUUUUGACUUAAUUACAAGUUACUGUUGUAAUUUAAUUGCAUCAUGUGCAUCAUAGUUCAACCCCUGAAUAAUCAGGUUGUGCGAGCUUUGUCAUCUAGGUGCUUUGGGUGUAGAUCUUACAAUGAUACACAUAUAGUUUUCCAGUUUUAUUGGUAGAAGAUUAAGACUGAGUUUGGCUGGUUGUUUUUUUUUUAUGUGUUUCUUUUAAGGCUUGUUUAUCUACAAAGAAGAGCACAGCCCCUCAGCAUGUAACCCCUUAACUUGUGUACAAAUGGUUUUGAGUGCUAAAUUUGGUGUUUUGUUCAGCACCAUUUGUUUUCCUGUUUGGGAUUAAAAAGAUUUUAGCUCAUAGUAUAAAGGAUGUGAUUUUCUUGGAUUUAUCCAGAAUUCUGUUAGUUUUUUUUCUCCUUGAAGAGGUGACAUGAAUCAUGAUGACUGUACAAAGUUAUAUCCAAGAAAAGUGGUUUUCAAAGGCUGUUAGGGGAAAGGGACCACCUCGAGUCAUACAGGCCUGAAUGUGGUAGCAAACCUUUAAUUUACAGCAGCUGUGUUGAUGUUUGGGAUAAACUCAGUCUGUUGUGUUUCACUUAACAGCUGUUUGUGUUUCUCAGUGUUUCUUGAUAAAUACUGUUGUUUCCAGAACAGUGUUGGAGACAAAAGCAGGGUCAUGUGUGCAAUCAAUGCUCUUCUGCAGAAACUGUCUGAAAUGCCUGAGUUUGUUGUCUUCACUCUUCAGAACUGGAUGUUUUGUUCUGAUCAGCCCCGUGUGUCUCUCGCAGACAGGCAGGUGCAGCUUGAGAGAGGAGACACGGCAGCUCAGGAACUGGUGAACUCUCUACAAGUGCUGGAGGUCAUGGCUGGAGCCAUGGCUGCUGAACUCAAACCUCUGGUGAGACUACUGGUGCCCCUGCUGCUCACUCUGCUUAUUAUACACCAUCAUCCACGGAUCUUCAUCACAGAUUUGAAUUUAACCAUAUGCAAACGCAACAAUUCAAUGUACCAUGUGUAGUUGACGGGGGACUCUCGUGGUCACUGGGUGUACUUUAAUCAUGUUACAUGAAGUUUUCCAUGUAGUGUUUUAAGUUAGUGACUACAUUUCUGAGCGACCUACCAUUAGCCCUUUUACUACUUAAAAAAGAUGAAAGUUUGUUUUAAGACAGAUUUUCGUCAUACCACUGAGCAUAUAAAUUAUUUUUGUAAAGCAGUUACUCGGUUUACUCAGAUGUCCUUGCAUAUGUUGAGAGAGCCGUAGACCAACGAAGGAUUUGAAGAAGUUAAUUCUAUAGUGUCAUUCCAAAAAUUUGAUAUCAGAGAAGAUAAUAUUUUAUUUUAUUUAAUUCAACCUUUAUUUAACCAAUUAGGAAAACCCAUUGAGAGCGAGAUCUCUUUUACAAGAGUGACCUGGUCAAGAGGUCAGCAGCACACGUCACAAUAAUAAUAAAAUUCAAGGUCAACAUAAAAUAACACAAAAAGUACUUUUUGAAAGUGCAUACGAAAUUUCCGAUAAAGUAAAGGAAAAGAAAUAACUUAAACAGAAACAUAAUUAAAAACACAGGCACUGUUCCAUGAUCUCCCAAAGUCUGUCAUGUAAAGCUUAUUGUGUUGUCCUUAUCUUUUCCCCCUAGCUCUUGGAGCACCUGCCUCACCUGUUCACCUGCCUGCAGCACCCGUACACAGCGGUGCGUCACAUGACCGCUCGCUGCGUGGGCGUGCUCAGUAAGAUCGCCAUGCUGGAGACCAUGAACAGUUUCCUGGAGUGCGUGCUCCCCUGGUUGGCAGCGAUUGGCGACUGCACCAAACAGGAAGGCGCCAUCGAGGCUUUAGCCUGUAUCCUUCAAACAAUGACUCAGUUUGAGGUUGUUGACCUUCAUGCAGUUCAUUACAAUUACAAGAAUGCAGUUCUGCGGUUUUUCAGAACAAGCUAUGACAGUAAAACACGACAGGGACACGUGUCAGGAUGUUAAGGAUUCGCUUAUGAAAAUACAACCUUAUACUGCGGAGUCCCAGCUCUGUGCGACAAAACCACUUGUAGGGUAAGAUCAUAGAUGGUGUAGUUAUUUCUGCACAGUUUGUCCUUGACUAACAUCUCUCCAGGUGUCAUGGAGCAGCUGGAUGUGGACAUCGUGCCCUACAUCGUGCUGCUCGUUGUACCAGUGCUGGGCCGAAUGAGUGACCCCAGUGACAGCAUCCGUUUCAUGGCCACGCAGUGCUUUGCCACUCUCAUCCGCCUGCUGCCUCUAGAGGUACGAGCACACAGCCAAGAUGCUGAAACGCAGUUGGACAUGCAGCAUUAAAACAAAUGGAUCACAUACUGGUAAAGCACUAAUUUUAAAGGUAAAUGUUCUUAUUUUUGUCCUCCAGGCAGGUAUUCCCGACCCUCCAGCCAUGUCCGCAGACCUGAUCCGCCAAAAAGCCAGAGAACGCCACUUUCUGGAGCAGCUGCUGGAUGGCAGAAAACUGGAGAACUACAAGAUCCCUGUGCCCAUCAAGGCUGAACUAAGAAAGUACCAGCAGGUGGGUGUACAUUUUCAGGGUCCACUUCUCAAGAACGUUGGAUACUGAGCUUGGAUUUCGAACAUUUGAAAGACAUAAGCUUUGACAAGUCUGACUUGUAGUUUUCAGAAAACAAACAGGGACAGAAAGUAAAUGGGUUUCUUGUCAGAGUGAAUAUAAAGAAGUCAAACAUAGAUGGGUUUUGUGUGUCUGCACUGAGCAAGCCAUCCAUUGUUGACGUAUAAAAGCAGAAACCCAUUGUAAGAGGAGCACAAUUCAACAAUCGCUGUGCGUGGAGGAGCAGCUUGUCUUUCCCUUUCAGCGAGCAGACUAUCUAUAUGUCUUUUCCAUUAUGUUUCCAUGUGUUGUCCUGCAGGACGGCGUGAACUGGCUGUCCUUCCUGAACAAAUACAAGCUGCACGGGAUUCUGUGUGACGACAUGGGCCUCGGCAAGACGCUGCAGUCCAUCUGCAUCCUGGCAGGAGAUCACUACCUCAGGUACCCGGUCCAAACAACACUCUCACUGUUAUUAUUGCUUUGACUCUCAGUUUAGCAGCAGCAACAGCUCACUGACUCACCCCAGGUCACAGAGAUCACAAAGGUGUUGAUCCUAAUUCUAACAGUUUUCGCUUUUUACUCAGAUUUUUCACCUUCACACAUAUUUUCAUGCAAAGCACCUUCAUGUGUUUGCUGUUACAAAGAUUUGAGGUUUCCAUUGAGCAAAAUCUGUAAGGGGUUAACUUCAUUUUAGGAUAUGAUCUGGUAAUCUUUAAAAUGUUACAAAUUUACAGUUUGGUGUUACCAUGUUGCUUUUCAUUCCUAAAUUCAUCAGGUUCAAAAGGUCUUUUGAUUGAUUUUAUUCUAUCGAUGUAGAAGAAUAAAAUUAAAACAGCAUUUACAAUUAAUUUGAUGAAAUCUGAGCACAGCUGAGUAUUGAACACUUCAGUACACGCAGACAGCAUAAUAUCUGAUGAUCAUGGCCAUUCAGUGCUAUAGUUUUUCCCCAAAGGCUUUGUGGUUUCACACUGAGGGAAGUUAUUCUGAAAGUCUUAAAGUGCGGUCACACAGUCUCCCACGGAUCGGUGAACUCAUCCCAGUCUUCAAUUCAGAGAUACUCACUUAACGUUAAGCGUCGUCUCCUCUUGAUCACAGCUUUGUCCCCCUUCUGCUACACCAUACCCUGUUUUUUAAUUUAUAUUGGAUACAUGCAAAUUCAGUUACAGGGAAGUUUUUAUAAUUCACCAGAAGUGAGAAAAAUAUUGUCUAACUUUUGAACAUAUUACUUUACUUUUAUGUACUGCAUUCAUUUACACCAAAAAAGUUAACUUUUCAUAUUUGACAUAUUUCUUUCCAUUUUUAGUCAAACUUCAAUAUUUAUCAACCUUUUUACUAAGUGUCCCAGCUGUUUUGGAAUAAGACAUGUAUAAUGUGUUUUAUAUUGUUUGUAUUUAGAUAAAAUAUUCUUUUUUGAACAGAUAUUUCUCAUUUAAGUGGUACCACCAAUAAAAAAAUGAGUCCGUUUUGGUUAAAGCCAAAUAAAAAGGGGGAUUUUCCUCAGAAUGCCAAGCUUAUUAUGUAAAAUAUGAGAAUAAAUGUCAAUUCAUUUUCGACAACAGUGAGCGCGCCACAUGCUGAGCAGUCGAACAGUAACACAAAGCAGGCUUGGUUACUUCCAACAUCAACACUGACCUGAUCUGAUUUUGAUCUCAUUGUUCUUUAAAAAAAAGCUCUUUCAUGUUGGAGCGGCUGUGUGAGUAAACUUGUCUCAGCCUCGGUCUGUGUGUUUGAUGUCUGUUCAGGGCUCAGGAGUACGCCAAGACUAAAGCAGCAGACUGCAGCCCUAUGCCCUCUCUGGUGGUUUGUCCUCCCACGCUGACUGGACACUGGGUGGAUGAAGUGGGCAAGUUCUGCUCUAAGGAGUACCUCAACCCGCUGCACUACACGGGGCCUCCUACGGAGCGAAUGCGGUAAAGAUUACUCAGGGUUUUUAGUACGGAGAAGAAGAAAAACCUGUUAGCACUCCAGAUUUUAUAAGCUGAACAAGUGCAGUGAAAGAAAGUGUUGUUCAAUCCCUGCUUUAUGAUCAUAUGAUGAAUUUACAAUAACGGCUUUUCUCAUUUCCACCCCCUGCUUUUUUUUUUUUUUUCAGGUUACAACACCAAGUAAAGAAACAUAAUCUUGUAGUCGCCUCAUAUGAUGUCGUACGGAAUGACAUCGACUUUUUUAGGCAAGUUUAACCUCAACUUAAAAAGGUUCUGGUGUUUCUGGCAGCAUCCUUCAGCUCAUGACGCAUUUUCUUCCCUUUUUAUAGAAAUAUAAAAUUCAACUACUGUAUCCUCGACGAGGGCCAUGUGAUCAAAAAUGGGAAAACCAAACUUUCCAAAGCCAUCAAGCAGCUGGCCGCCAACUUCAGAGUCAUUCUGUCAGGAACGCCCAUACAGGUCAGACGUUGUCUUUGAUUUAAUUAAGGGAUGAAUAUCUUUAUCUUGUCUAUUUCCAGCUGCCAGAGCCUCAACAUGUCCCACGUUACCUCCACAGAAUAAUGUCCUGGAGCUCUGGUCAUUGUUUGACUUCCUCAUGCCGGGCUUCCUGGGAACAGAACGCCAGUUUGCUGCUCGGUAUGGAAAACCCAUCCUGGCCAGCCGUGAUGCCAAAAGUUCAUCACGUGAACAAGAAGCAGGUAUUAAAGUUUCUUGAAAUUGAAACUCCUUAUUUUUCAAACUCAGUCAAAAGAGAAAGAAACAGCAAUAAAGAGUCAUAUUUACAAACAAUAAAAAACCCAAAAAUGCUUGUAUUUGUUUGACAUCUUAAAAGGAGCAACAAGAUGUCCACAUUUUUUCAACGUCAUUGUCUUUGUGGUUGAAAAUCUUCCAGUCAGCUUUCUUAUGUAUACUUGUGCAUCUCAAUAGAUUACAACAUUUGUAAAAAAGAGAAAAAUUUCCAUCAAAGAAAUUAAGACAUCAAAUUAAAAUUUUGUGUUCCCUUGUAAAUGAGAUCUCGAUCUCAACGGGUUCUUACCUGGUUAAAGGUUAAAUAAAAAUUGUAAGAAAUCAAAUAAAAUGUUUUUUAAAAGAUUUAACUGUUUAGAUUAUUAUCCUUUGGUAGCGUAGCUCAAUACACUGAGGAAAAAAAUCUCGAAACUUUAGUAAAUUAACUUCUUUUUUAAACUUAGUUCCAAUUUUGAGUGAAACUUCAACAUUUAAGUUAAUUAUUUUCUUAUCUCAUCUUUAUAUGCAACAUUUUCAAUAUGUGCAAUUAUAUUUAUAUUACAAAAUACACUGCCCAGAAUAUUGAUGUAAAAGAACGAUGUGAUUAUCCAUGACUCUUGUAAAUGUGUUGUAUACAUUUAGAGGAGUUAUGUAUAGUCAAAUAAUCUAUUCAACACAUGAGUAAGUUCUAACAAAAUGAAUGACCCUGUGGUUGUCAGAUCCCACUUUCUUCUCUGAUGAUCAUGUCUGCACACUUGUAAGAUCAACUUCAAGCUUCCACUUUCACACCGUUUCAUUUUUUGACUCCACAGAUUGAAAAACCUAAAAAUCACAGAGUGGAGGAGAGUGCUCUUUUAUUUCCGCGGUAGAAAGUGACCCUUUUUUACGUCUGAUCUCCUCCUCCUCCUCCGACAUCCUUUUUACUUUGAAGACUGACCUUUAGUCGAUGCUGGUUUCUCUCUCCAGGUGUCCUGGCGAUGGAGGCCCUUCAUCGACAGGUGCUGCCCUUCCUCUUGAGGAGGAUGAAAGAGGACGUCCUCCAGGACCUUCCUCCUAAAAUCAUUCAGGAUUACUACUGCAACUUGAGUCCUCUACAGGUACCUGCAGACUUCUUCCUCCCCUUCUACUCACUAAACGAAGCUGCUCCACCUUUCCAUCCUUUUUUCCCUUUCAUUUUAACUUCUUUCCACUUCUUAAUUUUCUUUAUUACUCAAGAUUUGUUGUUUUUCUUCUCUAUUCCUCUGUAUCUUGUUUUAUUUUACCAUACUACUACUACUGUUGUUAUUCAAGUUUGCUGGAUGUCGUGGGAUAUUUGCAUACAUGGUUGUUUGGUCUCUCUGCUCUCAGGUGCAGUUAUAUGAAGACUUUGCAAAGUCUCGAGCCAAAGCCAGCGUGGAGGACAGCAUCUCCACGGCCUCAGCAGAAGAGGAGGAGAAGCCGAAACUGAAGGCCACGGGACAUGUUUUCCAGGUACAUGAAUCUUUGAUCCAGGUGUUCAUCUUCAACUGACAUCAAGUGGAGAAACUGAGGUUGUGGAUGAGUGUUUGUGUGAAUUCUUAUCUUUCUUAUCUUUGUUCUGGGUUUUGUUUUGUUGAAUGACCGUUCUGUGUUUCUAGUUACUGAUAAUCUAUCGGUUCUCCACUCGUUUUAGGCGCUGCAGUAUCUGCGAAAGCUGUGCAACCACCCGAGCCUGGUGCUAACCCCGCAGCAUCCUGUCUACAAACGCAUCACAGAGCAGCUGGCGGGUCAGAACUCAAGUUUACGAGACAUCCAGCACGCGCCCAAGCUCUCUGCUCUCAAACAGGUUAAUAGCCGCACUCCAUCACUCUACCUCUCCGUCUGACACGUGUUUUCUAUAACAGCGUGGGAUUUUACCAGAGCUGCUCAGUACUGACAAGUCAGGGUCACUUUUCCUAUCUUUGCAGAGUCACAUUGAAAAAAACAAAAAGAAUCAGUAGAAUGACCAAACCUUUCUUAUUUAGGAUCUGAAGUCUAGUGUUGUGCUGCUCACAAAACAAACCUCUCUACAUGAACAACACCCGGUCCAGCCCUCUGCCGUCUCUCUGGAGAGUUUAACCACACAUGCCCCGCAGGUGUUGGGAGUAUUGGCGAACACUCCACGGCACACCCUCUCCUUGACUGACCCACAUCGGUGUUAUUAUCUGUGCUGCAGUCGCACGUUCACAUUUUACAGACGUGUGACACAGACACUGAGCAUGCACAGCGGCUGCUUUGCUGUUUGUCCUGAUAAAGGGCUCCACUCCUGUGAUAUUAGACCUACUUUUCUUUAGACUAGACAGACUGUUGCACAUGUUCGAAUUGUCACGGGGAUAAGUAGAGAAAAUGUUCUGCAGUCUGUUUUCUGACGCACAUGGUGGUGAAGAGUUGGUGUUCAUGUUCUUGUUCUGUUCUCCAGCUGCUAUUGGACUGCGGUCUUGGAGGUGGCGGAGGAUCAGACGGGAGCACAGAGGCCGUGGUGGCCCAGCAUCGUGUGCUUAUAUUCUGUCAGCUGAAGAGCAUGCUGGACAUUGUGGAGCAUGAUUUGCUGAAGCCCAAACUGCCUUCUGUUACCUACCUGAGGCUGGAUGGCAGCGUGCAGGCUGGCCUGCGUCACUCCAUCGUCUCCAGGUCAGAGAGUCAAACCAUCGAAUCGUUUCACUUUCAAGUUUGUUUGCAGCUCCUUUGUAACAGAAAUUACGAUUUUUAAUCUUGAGUUAAUUCUGGUGUCUUCCAGGUUUAACAAUGACCCGUCCAUAGAUGUGCUGCUGCUGACCACUCAUGUCGGGGGUCUGGGUUUGAACCUGACGGGUGCAGACACUGUGGUGUUUGUGGAACAUGACUGGAACCCCAUGAGGGAUCUGCAGGCCAUGGACCGAGCCCACAGGAUAGGACAGGUACUGAGUGGACACUGCUGAGUCUGGAAAAUCAAAGAUCAACAAAUGUUGCAGCCUCAACCCUCUUUCUCAAACACAGUGUUUCAGUAAUGUCUCGGUAACACAUUUGUAUUCUGAAAUUCUGGAUGUGUUACAGUGAUACUGUCUCCCACAGUGGGUUGUUCAUCAGUGUUUCCCUGAUGAAUUAUUAAAUAUAGCCUUUGAACAGUGUUGGAUUGUGUGACACUGCUGCUCUUGUCUGAAAUCAGCCGAGCGAAAUCAACCAAGUGAAAUUAACUCAGCAGGGCGGCCCUGUCCCCUGCUCGUCUGGAACAUUCUGUUAAGGUUCUUCUUGUGUGUUUGUGCAAUGCAGAAACGGGUGGUGAACGUGUACAGGCUGAUCACACGCGGGACACUGGAGGAAAAGAUCAUGGGUCUGCAGAAAUUCAAGAUGAGCAUUGCCAACACUGUCAUCAGCCAAGAAAACUCCAGCCUGCAGAGCAUGGGCACGGACCAGCUCCUCAACCUGUUCACUCUGGACAAGGUGAGACCUCCAGGCGGUUCUGCUAAGGACACCAUGCUGAGGGUGGGGGCGGUGGGGACUUCAGGUCUUCCAGAAGGAAAACAGAAUAAAGAUAAUCACUUUAGAUCAUCAUCAAUGGAAAUUAAAGUCGAUCACAUCUCCUGUCUUAAAAAUAUAAAGAUAUUGAAACAGACUAAUGAAGAUAAAAUUAGAAACAUGAGACCUAAAACGACAAACAAUUCUGCCGAUACCAGAAUUUUUUUUUUGUAAUUUAAAUUUUAUUUGCAUUUUUUAACCAUAACAGAAACAAAACAUACAGUCAUACGGAAAAUAUAUAACUAAAAACAAACCUUCUGACACCAGAUUUUUUUAACUUAAUUUUAUUUUCAUUUUUUUUAACCAUAACGGAAACAAGACAUACAGUCAUACAAAGAAAAAUAUAAAUAAAAACAAACAAACUCAAAACAUGGGGCUGACACCAGAUUUGACUGUCACCAAUGAUGAUGUAACUUGGCUCCUUUUUAAUACAUCUAAAAGAUAAAAAGCACAUUUAAGUUUAGCUUAAAUUCACAUUAAAAGCAUAUUCAGAUCAAUGUUUUUACACUUAAACUUUUGCAGCCUCAUCAUGCAUCAAAGAAAUUAGUCCAGCUUUUAAAGCCUCAGUCAGCAUUUUUAGUCCUUUUUUCCAGUACUCCAAAAAGGAAGCAAACAUAAUUUUAAUGAUUUAGUACAUCACUACAUCAUCAGUGCACAUUUACCACAUAACAAAGUGCUACAUGUCUAAAAUACAUUACAAGAAAUAUGGCCUUUGGAAAAAUCAAGAACCGUAACUCUUUUUCUCUAGUUCUGCUAUUUAUCGGUUUGUCUUUAAAUCGUUAUUUUACACAGACUGUCUCUCAAAAUGAUCUCCUUAAGGUUUUAUUUCCUGCGAAUUAGAGCUGCUUAUGAUGACAGUAUUUUUCCAGUCAUAAGGAAACCAAAUAAAAAGCAAGUUCUUAGAAACUGUUUUGAAGAAUGACGUACCAAUACUGUCUCAGAAAUAUUCUAUAUCUCUAAUUUAGUUAAAUAAUCCUGAUUUUAGAUGGAGAAAACUUCAAGAUAAAUCAUACAGGUACUCUGUAAGACUGUGUGUUUUUGUGAAAGGGUUUCAGUUGUGUUGAAUGCUGUCUAUGCUGUUGUAUUUAGUUUAUUCACACACACUUCAUCACAAUAUAUAUAUCACAAACAUACAUGCACAUAUAAACAUGUACACAUGCACACUGGAAAUUCCUGUGACUGGAUGUGUGGAAAGGAUAACCCCAAGGAAGCUAUUUAAAGCUUAUAGCAGGGGGCCCAAUUACCCAUAAAUAAAGUGGCAACAAACACGAUACAACAACAUACUAUAAUGUUGUUGUGAGUCGUGAAGUAUGGACCAACCCACUGCUUAGAACCACUUUACAGAAACUCACCUCCCCACUGGUCUCUACAGUCUUUUAAUUCGAACCAGCAUCUAAAAACUCUAAAAACUUGUGUUGCUCCACUGUCCUGAUAAACAUAUAGAACACGCUGAUCUGAUUAGUCUGCCGUCCAAAUGUGUUUCAGGGUGAGAAAGCCGAGCAGGCGGCGUCAACCUCAGGGAAGGCCUCCAUGAAGUCUGUGCUGGACGGACUGGGAGAGUUAUGGGACCAGCAGCAGUACGACACAGAGUACAACCUGGACACCUUCAUGCACUCCCUGCACUAGCACUGCAAAUGCCUACGAACACCUACGAACCCUGUCUACACCCACACAGCUCUAUAUGCUGACCGAGCUGGACCUGGUCAGAGCCUGGAGAGACCCGACUACUGCAGAAGACUUUCAGCUAACCUCAUUUAUCUGGAAUGAUUUUGUAGGUGGACCUGAGACCGUUCAAGUACACGUCCCCACGCAAUAACUAAAACACGGCAAACACUGAAUCUCAAUCUGUUUGAAGCUUUCAGAUUAUUGAAGCAUUAAGAAUAAACACAACAGAGUCUUUCAAACAGCCCCUCUGAGAAUCGAACGGUGGUACAACGUGCUUUCUCCACCAAACGUCUCCAGCGUUAGUUUACGUCACCCUGCGUUUAUUAGCUGUUAUGUUGCAUCAUGAUUACAGUUAUCUGUUCUCAGUUCAGCACCAGGUUUCUUUUACGGCCUGCUGCUUUUUCUUCCCCAUGAUGCAUCACCAGGAUAUACAAUGUUAAGCUGCUCCAGACACCAUAACCCUCUCAUUCCCCUUGUCUCAUGUUCCUAAAGCACUGCAGCACCAAACCACGCCUGUCAGCGGCUCUCCAGCUGACUAAUACAAACAUGUUUUUGUAUGAUAAAAGGGAAAUGCGUCAAAGUGGUGAUUCGCUGUAAAGAAGAAGAAAGGCGUCACAGGCCUUUUACAGCAGACAUGAGCUGUUUGUGCUACAGGGAGAAGAAUCUCAUCCUCCAGGGGGCGCUGACGUUUUCAUUUGCUCCAAGAGAGUCUGUCCACAUGACAGGUGUGUGUGUGUCUGAGAAAUGAAUGAGUGUGUCCAGCUCUUCCUCCUCAUGUGGUGUCAAAACGAGCACUUGAAGCAACGUUACAGAGACUGAACACGGGUACCAAGAUCAGUCUGGUACCCCAACGAUGCCACAAGUAUUUUAACACGAAAAAAAAAAAACACAAACCUGUACAUAUUUCUGUAACUGCUGCUUUUUGUUUAUGAUUGUGGAGUUGUAAUAAAUUCUACAGACCUUUGAACUACA